AAAACCCAAACCCAGCAUUACUCACACCACAUCAGGGUCACCUGAAAUUAGUAUAACAAGCUAAAAAGAAUGACUUAUGAUGAGGGCUCAUUUGAGGACGGGGGUCUUUUCUAUGGCUUUGAUAACUACUCAGAAUUGCUGGAGAGUCCUGACAACAGUAGCAGUGAUACUGAGUACACCUGUCAUGACGGAGCAGGUCUCCAGCUGUUUCAUACUGUGUUCCAACCCCUGGUCUACAGUCUGGUGUUCUUCCUGGGGCUGACAGGUAACGGGCUGAUGUUAACGGUGCUGCUGAAACGCCGCGGCCUCCUGCGGAUCACAGAGAUCUAUCUGUUACACCUGGGCCUGGCUGAUCUGAUGCUGCUUGCCACCUUCCCCUUCGCACUGGCACAGGUGUCCUUGGGGGUGGUGUUCGGAGACGUCCUGUGUAAACUGAUUGGGCUGAUGAACCGACUCAACUUCCUUUGUGGGAGUCUCCUCCUGGCAUGUAUCGGCUUCGACCGUUACCUGGCCAUCGUGCAUGCCAUCACCAGCCUCCAGAGCCGACGCCCCAGGAACGUACACCUCACCUGCCUGGCACUGUGGCUCGUCUGUCUGGCCUUGUCUGCUCCCAAUGCUGUGUUCCUGUCUGUAGGGGAGAGUCCCAUAGACCCGACUCAGCUCUCAUGCUUCUUCCACAGUCACGGUCUCCAUGCAAACAACUGGGAUCUGACGGAGCGGCUCCUGACCCACGUGCUGUGUUUCUUCCUGCCUCUCGGGGUCAUGACCUACUGCUACGCUGCGGUGGCGGUCACCCUGCACCAUAGCCAGAGAGGUCAGCGCAGCCUGGAGAAAGAGGGCGCCAUCAGGCUGGCUGCACUACUCACUGCUGUGUUCUGCAUGUGCUGGCUGCCCUACAACAUCACCAUGCUGGUGAAGACCCUGGUGGAUCGGGUGGACUCUGGUAUGAGCUGCCAGUCCCGGACUAGUUUGGAUAAGGCCUUGGUGGUGACAGAGAGCCUGGGCUACACACACUGCUGCCUCAACCCGUUGCUGUACGCCUUCACUGGGGUACGGUUUCGACAGGAUCUCCUGAGACUGCUGGCCCACUGAGUCUGCGGUAAAGGGGUGAACUCCGAGGGGACGGGAGUAAGACGCCAGCGUGGUUCUCUAAAGGACUCACCACCAUGUUGACCACCAGAUUGUUACAACUAAGGUGAAAAGGUGUCUUAUUACACCGCGUUUCUUUAAAAGGAUACGGACGGUUCAUUCUGAUCUUUGAAUUAAUUAUGACUAAAACUAUUGUAUUUUCAGCUUACAAAUUAAUUUUACUGUUUUACUGUUACAACUAAGAGCUGUUAGAGCUUGUGAAUCAUUAAUCAACGCUCUGUCUGUCUAACCUCUCUAUGGGGUUGUGGAUCAAUAAUCAACGCUCUGUCUGUCUAACCUCUCUAUGGGGUUGUGGAUCAAUAAUCAACGCUCUGUCUGUCUAACCUCUCUAUGGGGUUGUGGAUCAAUAAUCAACGCUCUGUCUGUCUAACCUCUCUAUGGGGUUGUGGAUCAAUAAUCAACGCUCUGUCUGUCUAACCUCUCUAUGGGGUUGUGGAUCAAUAAUCAACGCUCUGUCUGUCUAACCUCUCUAUGGGGUUGUGGAUCAUUAAUCAACCUCUCUUUAUGGGGUUGUGGAUCAAUAAUCAACCUCUCUUUAUGGGGUUGUGGAUCAAUAAUCAACGCUCUGUCUGUCUAACCUCUCUAUGGGGUUGUGGAUCAAUAAUCAACGCUCUGUCUGUCUAACCUCUCUAUGGGGUUGUGGAUCAUUAAUCAACCUCUCUUUAUGGGGUUGUGGAUCAAUAAUCAACCUCUCUUUAUGGGGUUGUGGAUCAAUAAUCAACCCUCUGUCUGUCUAACCUCUCUAUGGGGUUGUGGAUCAAUAAUCAACCCUCUGUCUAACCUCUCUAUGGGGUUGUGGAUCAAUAAUCAACCUCUCUUUAUGGGGUUGUGGAUCAAUAAUCAACGCUCUGUCUGUCUAACCUCUCUAUGGGGUUGUGGAUCAAUAAUCAACCCUCUGUCUAACCUCUCUAUGGGGUUGUGGAUCAAUAAUCAACACUCAGUAUGUCUAACCUCUCUUUAUGGGGUUGUGGAUCAAUAAUCAACCUCUUUAUGGGGUUGUGGAUCAAUAAUCAACCUCUCUAUGGGGUUGUGGAUCAAUAAUCAACCCUCUGUCUGUCUAACCUCUCUAUGGGGUUGUGGAUCAAUAAUCAACGCUCUGUCUGUCUAACCUCUCUUUAUGGGGUUGUGGAUCAAUAAUCAACCUCUCUAUGGGGUUGUGGAUCAAUAAUCAACCCUCUGUCUGUCUAACCUCUCUAUGGGGUUGUGGAUCAAUAAUCAACGCUCUGUAUGUCUAACCUCUCUUUAUGGGGUUGUGGAUCAAUAAUCAACCUCUCUAUGGGGUUGUGGAUCAAUAAUCAACACUCAGUAUGUCUAACCUCUCUUUAUGGGGUUGUGGAUCAAUAAUCAACCUCUUUAUGGGGUUGUGGAUCAAUAAUCAACCUCUCUAUGGGGUUGUGGAUCAAUAAUCAACCCUCUGUCUGUCUAACCUCUCUAUGGGGUUGUGGAUCAAUAAUCAACGCUCUGUCUGUCUAACCUCUCUUUAUGGGGUUGUGGAUCAAUAAUCAAC